AGUUGCAAACGUCGCUUCACGCGGGGACUCCAGCGGCGUCUUGCGUUUUCACGCGCUUCUUGAGUCUUGACCGAGUUACGUGGUGUGCGUGGGUGGACGCGCUUGCGUUUGCAACAGAAACCGACCAAACCGUUAUCGAGAUUAAACUGAAAAAAGAGGGGAAAAAAUGUGCGAGUAGUAAGGCUUGAAGUCACUUCGAACUUAUCCCCUUAACCUUCCCCCUCCCCCUCCCUGUGCAGAUGUGCGUGUCCACAAGUUCAUUCGGCCGAUCCGGGACUUCUGUCGUGAUUCGAUCUGUUUCCAAAAAGUGACACAUGGAUCUAACUUGAGUCCAUCAUAGGUGAGAAUGGAUUGAUAAAAAUUACAAGAAGACGGAUACCUACCUGUCGCAAAAAUUUCAAUGCGGUGCUUUUCAAAAGAUCCAAUCACAUCCUCUGAUCGAGGAACAAACCAAGACUUCGCACAACUUUUAAGCGGAAGGUCAUCAGUUGCAUUAUUGAGAGGAGAUAAGAAUGAGAUUUACCGGUGCAUUUGAAAGGAUCAAGUAGCAGAAGAUUUUGAAAGGCGAGUGGGCCUUUUAGGAGGAUGGCCGAGAAACUUUACGAGUACACAGGUUUCACGGGACGGUUGCACGAAUGGCGGGACCGCGCCCGGGAAAGAUGGGCCGAACGGGACCUAAAAAAUAUAGACAUCAAAGAGACCAUCCGGAAAAUCGUCAUGUACAACCCGAAAGAGGAGCCCCCCAGCGAGGAGGAAUUCGCCCACAUUACCAGGCGGAAAACCCGGCGAGAGCUGAUUCGAGUCUCAGCAGCCGUGAUGGGGAUUGAAUUCUCCUACGCGGCGGAGACAGCCUUCGUUUCGCCGAUCUUGUUGAGCCUAGGCGUCGAGCAUAGGAAGAUGACUCUAGUUUGGGCGAUUUCGCCCAUCAUCGGCUUCUUCCUGACGCCCAUUUUGGGCUCCCUCAGUGAUAGAUGUCGCUUCGCCCUCGGCCGGAGGCGCCCCUUCAUCAUCCUCCUCUCCAUAGGCGUCCUUUUAGGUUUAAUCCUAGUUCCGAACGGAGAAAAUAUAGGUAAAUAUUUCGGUGACGUAGAUCCGAACGAGAUUUUGGCCGCAAAUCGGACGACGACUACUAAAAAGGGAACAGAAGUUAGUGAUUACAUUGACGAUGAGGACGAAGAAGGUAGCUCUCAACCCUGGGGUAUCUUCAUGACGAUCCUCGGCACCAUUUUAUUGGACUUUGAUGCCGAUGCUUGCCAAAGCCCAUCCAGGGCCUAUCUUCUAGAUGUCACCGUUCCAGAGGACCAUGCGAGAGGUCUGAGCACCUUUACGAUAAUGGCUGGUUUAGGUGGGUGCCUUGGUUACGCCUUAGGCGGAAUAAAUUGGGACACGACGUAUAUAGGUGUUAUUUUAGGUGGUCAUGUAAAGGCAGUGUUCACGCUGAUUUCCUAUAUAUUUGUCGCGUGUGUUACAAUGACUAUUACUAGUUUCCGAGAGAUGCCUUUAGACUUGGUUGAGAAUAAAGGAUUCAUAUUGCAGCCGAGAAGCCCAGAAGUUGAAACAGCCGAAGAGGGACAGCUCCGCCAGGGUGAAGAAAAGACUUAUGGUACUCUUAGUCCGGUUGAACAGCCAACCCAACCAGAGGAACCUACUCAGAACAUUCCUCCGAAAAAAAAUAGAAUGCCAAAAGUUGUACCCACCAUUGUGACCGGAGACGCAACGACGAAUGAGGGUCCGGAAGUUCCAGACCCAGAGGUACCGAUUCCGGAUUUAAAGCAGUAUUUGUUGUCAAUCUUGGUCAUGCCCCAGUCCUUAAAGCUCGUUUGUGCCACGAAUUUGUUCUGUUGGAUGGCUCACGUCUGCUACUCGCUCUACUUCACUGACUACGUUGGCGAAUCCGUCUUCAAAGGAGAUCCUGCGGCUAUACCCGGAUCAAAGAGUCGCAUACUUUAUGAGGAGGGCGUCCGGUUUGGCUGUUGGGGUAUGAGCAUGUAUUCCUUGUCUUGUGCCUGCUAUUCGAUGAUCAUCGAAAAACUGAUCAAAGGUUUUGGAGCGAAACGUGUAUACGUAGGUGGCUUGCUGUUCUACUCCUCAGGCAUGAUGCUGAUGGCGAUUGUCAACCACAAAGUGGGAGUGAUCCUCUUCUCUUGGACAGCAGGCGUUAUGUACUCAACUCUUUUCACAAUGCCUUAUUUAUUGGUGGCCCAUUAUCACUCUACUAAUGUGUUUUCGACGAACGAGAUGGGCGAAGGGGUGGUGAGCGAGCAGGUUCGGGGGUUGGGUACGGAUGUGGCGAUCGUGAGCAGCAUGGUUUUCAUGGCCCAGUUCCUGCUCUCCAUGUGCAUGGGCACCAUUGUCAGCGUCGUUGGCUCCACCAAAGCCGUCGUCUGCGUCGCUUCUGUUCUCGCCUUCUGCGGCUCCCUCUGCGCCACGCAAGUCAUGUACCUCGAUCUCUAAUUGACACCCCCAUCGAUGACGUCAUUCACUCGGAUGAAUAUUCGUCCUUCUUCCAGCUUGAGCUCAGCUUAGCUUUGGGUUAGCCUGGCUUUGGGUUGAGCUUAGCAGGAAGGAGGGGUUUGGGAAACAAGAGGUCCGCUUAUUAUGAAGUUUCCGUUUUAUUUCUCAAAAAUAAAUUGCAAUAACUCUACUUGUUAAUUUCUGACUGAAAAAGUUAAAUUCGCUACAAAAAAUUUUUUUUUCAUUCUUCUUAUGAGAGAAUCAGUUGCGCUAGUCCUAAAAUUGUGCUUAAUUGUUUUAAGCUUAUAAAUCAGAAAAAAUUAAUGCGACCUGUCCAAACGCCACGUCCAAUAUUAACGGAGAUACAUAGCAAUUCGAUGAAAAACAUGGCAUGUAUAUCGGCAUCCACUUUAGUGACGCAUACCAAGGUGUUUUUUCCACCUUGGUUUCGUCCGUUUUGAACGGCGAGUAGUUCCACGUUUCAUUAAAUUACAAAAUAGCUUGCUCUCUCCCCCCUCCCCCCUUCUUAUUUUGGAAAGCUCCUGUCUUAUGAGUAAUAUAUAAUUAGACAGGUUUGCCGUAAAGUUUUACACGAAUCAUUUUGAAGGAGAUAUUUGCGCAUGCGCACAAGUAACAUAGGUUGAAUGACAAAUUUUCGUCAUAUGCGAUUAUUUGUAAGUAUUUAGCAUGCAUCAGUAUGCGCAACGCAGGUACGCGUGAAGAAUGUCGAGGUGUAAAGGCAAAAUAUCUUCACAUGAGCACAAAAGAUGUCUCCUUUCUGCAAUGUGCAUUUUGCGCGAGCUGGUUUAUCAUACAUCUCUAAAAGCUUUUACACUGAUCUAGUUAAUUAUUACUUUUGAAAAGAAGGCUGCCUUGUGUUUUUUCCUAUUUUCACAGAAAUUCACAAAAUUAUAACUUGUAUAUCUAUGUUUUCUCCCCCUUUUUUCAAAAUAAUUGUAUUUAUUUUAUCAAAUAUCAACCUAGAUGGUAAAAUUCGCAUCAUGUCAAAACACAUUAGCAACUUUUUAAUAUUACUUUUUUUCCAAUCAAAUGUUUAUGAGAUGAGCCAAAAGACUCGAUGUAUUAUGUACAGGUACUGGUAUAGGUGUUUGAAUUAAAUACAUGAAAAUUUCGUUCAA